GUGCUGAAACGUGCUCAUUCGUGUUGGACAGUUCUUAGCGAUUGCAAGCAAUUUAAUAAAGCGGAAAAGAAACACUAAAUUAAAGAAGAGAAAAAAAACGAUUUGAAUAUUAGCGCAUAAGAAAAGUGUUUAAAGGCAGAAAUAAUUGUGAAUGUAUUUGUUAACAAAUACAAGCAAACAAAAUUGAUUCAAAGUGAAUUUAUCAACUUUGGUAUAAAUAUCGCCGUAGAGCAGCAAAGUGGAUUCACUGAAUUUCGUGCAUUAAACGAAGCAAUUUAAAGUCAUUUCACUUGUGCAUAUUCCAAGCAUUCACGUUUAGUUGUGCAAUCAAUACAGCAACUUAAAGAGUUAACGACAGUUCACUUUUACCAUACAUUCAACGGUGACAUUAAAACUGUGCAGUGCACUCGCAUAAAUGCUCUGGAAUUUUCCAUUGUCACGGUAAAGAAAGUGUACGUCUACAUUUCUAUCCAGUUACCCCAGUCCGUUUGUGUAAACGGAAUUUUAGACGAAGAACGAUAUUUCAUCGCAUUUUUUUAUUCGUCUCAUAAUAAGAAAGUCACAAUCAACAUUAUUCGCAAUUAUUUUCAUUUUAACGAAAAAUAAUUGAGUGUGUGUCUACGGUUUAUUUCGACCCAAAAACGGUAUUUAUCGAUUUUCUCCAUCACCAUUUGACAUCGAUUAGACGAUUUUUGCCAUUCAACGUACACAGUACAUAUAGUUUGUGAGUCUUCAGACAACAGCAAUUGAAUAAACUUCGCAUCAAAAGACGAUUAUUUGGCGGCAUAACGGAGCAUUACAGAGUUCGUGGAAAAUUACAAUUUUUGCAUAAAAUUAGUUUGGGAACGCAGUAAAAACGAUAAAAAAAUUAUCGCUACUUGUAAUAUUUUACAUUGAAAACGACGUUAAACACAACGACGUCAAAUUGUGAAUUCAAAUUUUAUUGCAAUAAAUUACCAAAUCGAAAAAUCCGUAAAAAUGGCUUUCAUGAUGCCUGUUAUGAAAAAUGAGUUCGACAUCUAUAAAACAAGUCGUUCACGCAAAGAAUCCGAUUGUUCAAACAAUUCGAAUGCAUGUCGAUCACGAAAAGUGUCCGAAACGCGUUCCGAAUGCCCAAGUUUAUCAACAUCACCCAGCACAAUUGACUAUCAUCGUAGCUUCAUAAAUCGCAACAGUUCGCGGGCAUUUUCACGUACAUCAUCACGUACAUCACAAAGUUCACUGACAAGUCCGACAAAACAAUGCAGCCCACCAAAACCAUCAACGGGAAGUCAAGGCAGCCUGAAUAAGUUUCACGUUCGUUUGGUGGACAAACUUCGCAAAUCAUUUGGUAAAGGACGGACCGAAGACAGGUCCUGAAACAGAAACGAUGACGACGACGAUUAUGAUUCAAAUAAUCAUGACAUUGAUGACGAACUGUUAUCAGCAACUUUAGUAGCAAAACAAACGACAUUAGCAUCAUCCCAUCAAAACGAUUCAACAGCAAUAACAAAACCCCUGAAAAAACUAUCAAUCUCAUCGGAUUCAUCGGUUAGUAACGAUGGUGGUCUUGGAUGCUCUGACAGCGUUCUGCAUGUAACAAGCAGCUCGAAGCCACCUUUGCCGACGACAACACAUCGAAAUCGCAGUAGAAGCAUCGAAACGGCAGCUAUUAAGGUGACCUAUCGACACAGCACUGGCGGUAGAUUGUGGAGUCGACACUUUAGUGUACAUAAUAACAGUGUUCACGAUUACGCUGAAGCAUCCAAAAUUAAGAGGUAAACAAACAAGUACAGAAAGAAAGAAAGAAAAAAACGCAGCAUUGAGUGUGAAGGAAAUGUAAAUGUUUGCAAACAUCACGAAACCAAAGUGGCAACAAUAUUUUGUGCUACAAUAGACAUAAUGUUUCUGAUACAAAGAAAUAGCAUCAAAAUAAAAUGCUUUGUGUUUCUGAUUUUUCGGUGUAAAAUCGAUAACGCUUAGAUAUGAGCAAUGUUAGUUUUCGAUUAAAUCUCACCUGGCAAUCGAUUGCCAACAAAAUUAACGAAACAAAUAAACAACAUGAAAAUAGCAUAGGCCGGCAGUCGCCGUAUAAAAUGCUCUGUAAUUUUUUGAAUUGAAUGUAAGAACCAAAUUUAAAUAAUUAUAUAGAGACAUAAGAUGAUAAUCACGCUUUACGUAUUUGCUUUUUGGCAACAAACAGUGUUUCAAACACCAAUCAAAUCAAAACCGCAUAUAAUAUAUUUAUACUAAUAGUAAUUACAUAUAGAAUGUUGACGCUUCAGUAAAAUGUUUGAAAUUAUUUUAACCGACCACAAACAAGAAAAAGUAAUAUUCAUUUCAUUUGACAACUGUUGUUAGAAACGAUAGACAUUUGA